CGGGGGCGCGGAGCAGCGGCGGGGGGGGCGGUGGCGAGGCUGAGACAAAGCUCCUUCCGGUUGCCUGUGCUCCAGCUCCUGCUCCUUGGGGGGGAGGGAGGCCAGGAGGGGCCCUGCGUUGCCCAGGCUGCUGUAUUGUUGAAGUCCAUAUCUGUUUCACCCGGUCUUCCAGACCACGUGCUCCAUGCUUUGAGACCAGGAGGACUUUAGUGUUCUGAAAUGAAGAUGGAGGCAGUGGGAAAAGCAGAAGAACUUGUUGAUUCAGAAGUUCCACCAAAGACUUCUGAAAAGCAAGAGACUGCUCCUGAUGAAGAUGGACUUAUAGAACUGGAGACGCAAACUCAGAAAGAUAACGUGCCCACUGCAGCAGACUCUGCAGUGGUCUCUUCGAUGCCUUGCUUACUGAUGGAACUGAGGCGAGACUCCUCUGAGUCUCAGCUAGCAUCUACGGAGAGUGAUAAGCCACCGGGUGGUCGAGUUUACGAGAGUGACUCUUCUAAUCAUUGUAUGCUUUCCCCUUCUUCCAGUGGGCAUUUGGCUGACUCAGAUACAUUGUCUUCCACAGAAGACAAUGAGCCCUGUCACGCUGAAGCUGCUGUAGAGGGAGACCCUUCUGCGGUGUCUGGGGCUGCAGCUGGGAGGAAAUCCAGGCGAUCCAGGUCCGAAAGUGAAACUUCAACAAUGGCUGCCAAGAAAAACCGACAGUCUAGUGAUAAGCAGAAUGGUCGAGUUACCAAGGCAAAAGGUCAUCGAAGCCAAAAGCACAAAGAAAGAAUCCGGCUCUUAAGACAGAAACGGGAAGCAGCUGCUCGCAAGAAGUACAACCUGCUGCAGGACAGCAGUACCAGUGAUAGUGACCUGACGUGUGACUCAAGCACGAGUUCCUCAGAUGAUGAUGAAGAGGUUUCAGGGAGCAGCAAGACAAUCACUGCAGAGAUACCAGAUGGACCUCCAGUUGUAGCUCAUUAUGAUAUAUCAGACACAAAUUCAGACCCAGAGGUGGUAAACGUCGACAAUCUGUUGGCGGCUGCAGUAGUUCAAGAGCACAGUAAUUCUUUAGGAAAUCAAGAUUUGGGAUCUACCUGGAGAACCAGAGGGCUGCUAGAUGAACUGAGUGCUGAUACAGGUCAUUUGGAUCGAGGCUUCCUUGCAAGUGACAAAACCUCUUCUGGUAAUGUCCAGAUCAAUGAAGAAAUUAAUAUCGCCUCUUCUGAUAGCGAAGUAGAGAUUGUUGGAGUUCAGGAACAUGCCAGGUGUGUGCAUCCCAGGGGAGGCGUGAUUCAGAGUGUGUCUUCCUGGAAGCAUGGCUCAGGCUCACAGUACAUAAACACUCAGCAAACACAGUCAUGGACAGCUGUGACUCCCCAGCAGAAUUGGUCUUCACCCCCAGAAGUAGUAGACCUCACUUUGGAUGAGGAUACCAGACACAAAUAUCUACUGUAAUGCAGUGUCACUGUGUUUCUGUCCCCACCCCUUCUCCCCUUUGUGGCACAGAAGUUCAUUGUUAAAGCUUCAGCAGCCCUGUUCCUGGCAUUAUAAAAUUCAAACUCGUGAAGCUUUUCAUUUCUGUAAGAAUGUAGUAUAAUUUCAGGAUCAUUUAAAACGGUAUUGCCUUCUCGAAGGGGGAUUCCUCCCAGAAUUCAAACCCAAUAGCACCCAAUUUAAAACACAUCUACAGUUACUAACCUGUGUGUGGUCAUCUGAAGAAAUAACUGUGUGCAAACUUACAUCCUCCCACGCUUUCCCACCUCCAGCUUCAGAACAUUUUUAAUUUAUUGGUAUAUUGAGUUUGUUAGUAAAGUUAGUGUUUGCUGUGUGAGCAUCAAUGAUUUUGAGAAAUGCUGUGUCCUCACUGAUUUCAGUGGAACUGGGGGUAUUGAACACUUCCGAAAAUUGGGCCAAGAGUAUUUAUACCCAAGCUGAUUUGGUUAUGUUACCAGCAGGAGGGACUGUCUUUAAUACAAACGGCCCAUAACAUGCACUGAACAGCUUUAAAUUAAAGGAUUUUUAUUUUCAAUGUAAUAUAUAGUUUACACUCUUUUCAGUGCUGAGUCUUCUGUCUACUUGACUACUGCUGUGUUUCACUGAUCAUUUCCCACAGCUUGUUACGGUUUAACAUAGGAAUAGUAGUGACUUAGUAGCAGCUGAUUAUUGCAAAAGCACAGGGAAAAGAAAAGUAAUAAAAAGGCCCAGCAUCCCUCCCCUUCUUAAAUAUAGCUGAAUUUUUUUACCUAUAUCAGAGUCUUGCCUGGAGUAGGAGAGUAAUGGAACAUUUUGUAGUCCUCAUUUCUACUGUUGCUUAUUUGCUUUGGUGACCAUCUAAAAAAAACCCCCAAAACCCCAACAACAACAAAAAAAACCCACAAAAAAACCCCAAUUUCCAAAGCUCCAGUCUGGCAAAGCACUUUAGUAGCUGCCUGGUGUUUAGCUUGGCCAGUUUGCUGAAAUUUGUGGGGCCAUUCGAGUGCUUAAAGCUCUGUCCUAAAAGAUGUUGCAGGAUCAGGUCUUAAGGUUGUGAUUUUUUUCCUUUUUAAAACUGGAUCUGCACAGUUUUCCUGGCUUUAGGACAUAUCCUUUAUCCUGGUUUUAGAAGUGGUUUUAGGGUAUGAUCCAGGAAACACUUUCUACCAGAAUAUUCACCAAAAUCCAUGGAACUACUUUAGCAGGCUGUAGUUUCUGUAGCGUAUAUGGAAAUUCCUGCUCCUCAUCUCUCAUUUUGAGCCUUUCUCAAGGCAAAAAACAAAGAUUAGACUUUAACAAGAUGAUAUUCACUUUAAAAUCUAUUGUGCAAUUAAAAUGUUCCUUUGUAUUCCAAUUGUUUCUAGUGGGAAUUUUGUACAACAGUAUUGUCAGAUGUUUUUUGCCGUGUAAGGCUGAACAGGCAGUAGUCAGGACAUGGGAAGUUCUGUUUUCUUUUUGCAUUGGCUGGUUUCUAAAUUUAUUUGGCUUCCAAUAAUUUUAUCUGCGGGGGAAAAAAAAAUACUUAUCUUGUCAUAUAACUUAAAGAAAAAAAAAACAAACCAAAAACCACAACAACCCAGCAGUGUUAACAAACAGCUUUUUCUUUAAUAAGCAGAAUGGUUCUAACUGCACUUUAGAGAACAGCUAGGUAAAGGAUUGAUACUCCAGUUUCAGGCUUUCUAAAACAUUGAACUUAAGUGUGUUUUAUGGCCAGAAAAAUGUAUGUGGUGCUUCUAGUGACCGAUUUCUUUCUCUGAGGGUGGGAGGGAGGGAGCAAAGUGUGGAUGGAGCCCAUUUGCAUUGUGGUAGGGAAAAGCCCUGUACUGUUGGGGUACUCUAUCAGUAGUGGCUGUCCAUCUUUUUCUCCUUGUAUUUUAGUCAUGCGACUCGGCCGUCAUUUUAGUGGGCUAGCACACAUGCUGUGUAAAGGUAACUUUGGAACAGUGACUUCAUGUGGCUGCUUUUUCCUGUUUCACAGUCUUUAAAAUAUCAGUUUUGAAGAAAGAUGCAGGGACCCAUUUGUAGUUCUUCCAUGAAAAAUGCAAACUCAGUCUCUUGUUUUUCAGUUUGUAUAUGAUGUGACUUCCAUGUAUAUAUAAAAAUGACUGCGUCCUAACCAAACUUCUUCCAAUUGUGCACUGUGUUUGUUUAAACAAUUCAUGUAUUAUAGUCUGAUGCAGGUUUUUAUUUAAAACACUACAUGUUUUCUCUUAUUCCUAACAAAUUUGAAAGGGUAGUGAUCUCAAAACCACAAUCACUGGAUAGUUAGGAAGCGGUUAUGUUUUGGGGUUGGGUUUUUUUUGUUUGUUUUUUAAGAGAGCAAAAGGUGCCUGGAUGGUUUUGCUCUUCUCAGCAGGAAAGAGAAACAUUAGCCCGUUGUAUGGCUAAGAACCAAUGCACUUGAGGCCUGAUCCAGAACCCAUUGGAGUUGGUGCGGGGCUUUCCGUCGACUUUAGUGUGCAUUGGCUCAAGCCCUUCAUGGUUUAGCAGUUACUGAAUUGCUGAAACUUGGAAUCUUCUGUAGUGAAGACAAAUCAUUGCUUAGAAUAUAAAUGUUUAAAACGUGCGACUCUAGUUAAAAAAUUUGAUUCUUCUCGACACUCAUUAUUUAGUUCUCAUUUUCCAUCUAGUAUUUAAUGGUCUUUGGAGAAAA